AUGGGAAACUCGCAAGGGAAGCAGGUGGCUCCCACCGAUGAGUUGAAUUUGAACCAGUUUCGCCUGUUGCGGGUGGUUGGAAAAGGUGCUUUCGGCAAGGUCCGUAUCGUGGAGAAAAAGGACACCGGAUUGACGUUUGCGCUGAAGUAUAUUCGAAAAGAAGAAGUGGUUCGGUCGGAAAGCGUACGGAAUAUCAUCCGUGAGCGGCGAAUGCUCGAGCACUUGAACCAUGCGUUCCUUUGCAACUUGAGAUACAGCUUCCAAGAUAUUGAAUAUAUAUAUAUUGUGGUGGAUUUGAUGAAUGGUGGUGACCUGCGAUUCCAUAUCUCACGGAAAUGUUUCACGGAGGAAGCAGUGCGCUUCUGGAUCGCUGAGCUGGGUUGUGCUCUGAGAUAUAUCCACUCGCAGGGAAUCAUCCACCGUGACGUCAAGCCGGACAAUAUUUUGUUAGAUUCUGAGGGACACGUUCACUUGGCAGAUUUUAACGUCGCCUCCGAUUUUCGACCCGGCAAGCCUCUAACGAGUAAAUCUGGAACGUUGGCGUACCUUGCCCCGGAGGUAUACGAAGGCGGCGGAUACUACUGCGAAGUCGACUGGUGGUCACUGGGAGUUACGUUCUACGAGUGCAUCUACAACAAGCGCCCAUUCGAAGGUCGGAGUCAGGAUGUCCUCAGCGAAAACAUCAAAAAGGCGCAACCGAAAUACUUCGUCACAAACCCCGCGGUUUCUGUUCCAUGCCUGCGAGCAAUGGCGGCAUUCAUGGAAAGAGACCGGUCCAAGCGAAUCGGUGCGAUCAGUUUUGAGAGUUUCACUUCGCACAUGUUCUUCGCCGAUCUCGACUUUGUGGCGCUCGAGCAGAAGGAAGUCCCGCCCGUGUUCCGACCCUCUAGCGACAAAACCAAUUUUGAUGCUACAUACGAUCUGGAGGAAUUGCUCUUGGAGGAGGCACCGCUCGAGGCCAGAGCCCGCCGGCAGAAACCCAGAGCGGAGUUGCGGGAGGAUGCGACGGCCAAGGAGAUCCGAGAAGACGAGUUACACCGUCUCAUUGAGACGAUGUUUGAACCCUUCGACUAUACCAGGGUGACUUAUGCAGGAAACGCCGCGGAUGCGAUUGCUGCAUCGACAAACCCGGAAGAGUGCCUCCCGAUACAGUCCACGCAUUCGCGACAGGUCUCCCAACCCGACCUCUCGAGAAACUCGCCUCCCCUGCGGAACGAUGGCUCUGCCAGUCACUUGACUCAACCUGACACUCCGUCCCCUCUCAGCGAGACCCCGACAUCGCAAGCGUCUCUACCUCUUCCGCCACCCCCGCCGGCGCCACCUUUCCACCGCCCUUUACCACCUUCUGCCGCUCACCCGCGAGGCGCAACACGCAAGCAAAGCAAGGGUGGAGGAGUUCAGAUGGUACUGGAAGAGGCCGGCAGCUGGAGCGAGCUUGCUGACCACAGCUCCACCCUUCCCGCGGAAGGCUACGAUACCGGUUCCAUCAAGGGGAAAGGCUCGAACAGCGGCAUGCUUGCUUUCCUCAGCAGGAAGAAGGGGCGCGACAGGAGCCCGAAGCCCCAGGAGCCGGGUGUCCUGGGUAAAGAAGGCGCCAGGCAAAUUAUCAGUUGA